GUUAAUUCAGCUCUGUGCUCAGCUGUGUAACCUUUAGUCAGUAAAACAGGCUUUUAAAAAAAGUAUCUUCCUCUUUUUCUCACUUCCAUUUUUUAGGCCACUGUGUGCUUUAAUAUUCAUAAUCAGUCCUUUAUCGCAUUAUUACACACACACACACACACACACAUCUGGAGGCCUGCUGAGGUGCUGUCAUCCUCCGCAUACCUGAUUUUUUUCUUUCUUGUGGGGGUGGAGGGGGGGGGGUGGAUACAAAUUAGAACCAACAUAGAGGGGAGACAUCACUAAGUCUUCCCCCCCCCCCCCCAUCCUCAAUCAAGUUUUUUCCUCUUGUUUUUGGUCCUCGCCCAAACGCAACCAUACGGUUCCUACCGCGUCCCCCUCCUCAUCCUCCUCCUCCUCAUCCUUCUUCUUCUUCUUCUUCCUCCUUCCCCCCGUCCUUCCGCUCGAGCGCGUCCCGUUUUUUCGGUUUGGUUUGGUCCCGCCAAUUUUCAAAUAUUUACUUCCUGUACAUCAAGAGGAAAGGGGGUCCCCCUUUCAUGGAAUGCGGAAACAUGGGUCUGUUCGACCGCGGAGUCCAGAUGCUGCUGACCACGGUGGGGGCCUUCGCGGCCUUCAGCCUCAUGACCAUCGCGGUCGGCACGGACUACUGGCUGUACUCGCGCGGCACCUGCCGGAGCAAGUCCAUGAACGAGAACGAGACCAGCAAGAAGAACGAGGAGGUGAUGACCCACUCGGGCCUCUGGAGGACCUGCUGCCUGGAAGGGAACCUCAAAGGGAUGUGUAAACAGAUAGACCACUUCCCUGAGGAGACGGACUACCAAGCCGACCCAUCGGAGUACUUCUUACGUGCGGUGCGAGCCUCCAGCAUCUUCCCCAUCCUCAGCGUCAUCCUGCUCUUCAUGGGAGGCCUGUGCAUCGCCGCCAGCGAGUUCUACAAGGCGCGCCACAACAUCAUCCUCAGCGCCGGGAUCUUCUUUGUGGCCGCAGGCCUGAGCAACAUCAUCGGGAUCAUCGUGUACAUAUCAGCUAACGCGGGGGAUCCUUCGAAGAGCGACUCCAAGAAGAACAGCUACUCCUACGGCUGGUCCUUCUACUUCGGGGCGCUGUCCUUCAUCAUGGCGGAGAUGGUGGGCGUCCUGGCCGUGCACAUGUUCAUCGACCGCCACCGGGAGCUCCGAAUAGGGGCGCGCGCCGCCGACUACCUCCAAGGCUCCGCCAUCACGCGAAUCCCCAGCUACCGCUACCGCUACCGGCGCCGCUCGCGCUCCUCCUCCCGCUCCACGGACCCGUCGCACUCCCGCGACAGCUCGCCGGUCGGCCUCAAGGGCUUCAGCGCGCUGCCGUCCACGGAGAUCUCCAUGUACACGCUGCCCCGGGACACCCUCAAGUCCUCCGGCGGCGGCACGGCCACCUACAACUCGGAGAGGGACCAGAACUUCCUGCAAGUCCACAACUGCAUCCAGAAGGACCUGAAAGACUCGAGCCAGACCAACACAGCCAACCGCCGCACCACGCCGGUAUGAGGGAGUUCGCCGCUGGGCCGGGGGCGGCCCGGGCGGAGACACCAGGAGACACACGGGAACCCCCCCCCCCCAGUGGGUGUGGAACGCCCCCCCAGGAGAAGACGGAUUUUCCAUGUUUAUAGACAUUUGUUCUUUUUGUUCAGCUGCAUGACUUUUCCAUCGCCAUUGUUGAGAGAGUUUCAACAAGUCCCCGGAUCGAAGUGGCGGAACAGUGGGGAACCGGGCCCGAGAGCUUUUGGGCACUUACAGAGGGAAGGGAGGGGGUGGGGGGCAUCUAUGAGAAAAAGACUUCAUGAUUUCUUCACCCUUUGAUUUGACAGUCUUGCCCCCACAAGUUGGGUCGGAGUUCAGAUAUACACCUCUUUUUAUUUAUUGACUUUUUGGUUCAUCUUCUUUUUCUUUUCUUUUUUGCAUUAAAAACUGUGAAUUGUUACAGUUUGGGAUUCAGUAAGAAUUAGCCCAAUCUGUAAUCUCUAACAAAAGGUACUAUAUAUAAAUAUAUAUACAUAAAUGUAUUACUUUUAUAAAUACAUUAUUACGUAAAUAAUCAAGAGUUACAGACUUUACCGAAGCAAAAAAACAAGCAAAAAAAAACAAACAAGUUAACUAAACAAGACGAGAAAAGACUCUUUCGGCUCCUAUUGGUCGAGAACAAGAGGAGGGGCUUAGGGAGCCGAGAGGAGGGGCUUAGGGAGCAGCAGCCAACAGGAGAUAUAAUAUCGAUUCUUUUAACUGAACCUUCUCGUCUUUUUCUCAGUCCCUGUUCGCUUUCCUUUAUUUUGUGUGUGGGGGAGGAGAGGGGGAGGGGGGGCGAACUGGGAGAGUUGAACCCCCUCAACAGAAAGAGCCAACCGAAAAGGUCAAAGUUCACAAAGACUAUAUAAACGAAAUAAAAAAAGUAAGGAGCAGAGGGGUACGGAAAAAGAAGAGGACGCCAAACACAAAAAUGAAAAACAAAGUCAAAUAUAAAAUAGUACAAGACAAGCUGCAGGUGACUCACAAUUUCAGAAAUUAAAUGCAUGCUAUAAAAUUACAGCAAAAUCUGCUCUUGAGAAACUUAAGUUUUAAAGGUUAAUAAUUAUAAGGGCGAGAAGAAAAAAAAGCAAAGAUGCUAAAGUUUAAAGUAUUAAUGUUUUCAUGUGUAUUUUUCUUACGUUUUUUUUAUUUUAAUUAAUUUAUUUUAUUGCUUUUGUGAGACAAACCAAACAAACUACAUUGAACAAAACUGCUUUUUUUUAAUGGUUUGGUUGAUUUCUUUAUAAAUAUAUAAAUAUAUGUCUGUAUGUAUUUUUUUUAUUUUUAACUCACACAGCCUUAGUCAUUUCUUUGUUUCUUUUUUGAUUUUUAAUGUGUUGUUUCAAAGUUGAAAAAUGAAAUCUUAAAAGGUGCCAAACCCGAAUGAUCCUAUACUUGGAUGCAUCAAGUCCUGAUGAAUAAAAUACGAACCCUAGGGGGAACAAAUCAA